AUGAGGCGUUAUCGGACAGCAUUUAGUCGUGAACAAAUUAAUCGACUAGAAAAAGAAUUUGCACGUGAGAAUUAUGUAUCACGACCAAAAAGAUGUGAAUUAGCAACGCAGCUCAAUUUACCUGAAGGAACCAUAAAGGUAUGGUUUCAAAAUCGUCGUAUGAAAGAUAAAAGACAAAAGAUGGCAUCUCUACAUUGGCCAUUCUUUGAUCACCAUGUUACCGCAUAUUUCCUUAAUCCAUUUUGCUAUGAAGCUUGGAGGUCAUCGCUGAUACCUAAAUUGUGUGAUCCGAGUAUUACACGUCCAUUUCUUGCUACCGGUGGAUCGAUGCUCGGGUCAGUAGCAGUAGAAACAGGAGCAAAUGUGGGAAUAAUACCUCGGCCAACAAUAUGUGCUAAUCCAACUGCUACCAGUACUGAAUCAAUUCGAGAUGGCAUUCAAGAACCCCUCGAAUCUACGCCUCUACAAUCACCUGCUGAAUCAAGGUCAUUCUUAUGA